CGUUCGGACGGAAGUAACCGGAAUAACGAGUCCUGCGAUUGGGAGUGGAGCCGAGGUCGGGAUGUCGGUCUGUAACGGAGAGACGGUCAGCCUGGCACAGCUGCGGGAAGAAGGCAACAAGUACUUUAAAUUGGGAGACCAUGAAGCAGCACUGUCCUGCUACACACAAGCGAUCAAGCUGUCUCCAGAGCAACCAAGUGCUGCAGUCCUACACCGCAACAGGGCAGCCUGCUAUCUCAAGUUGGAGGAGUACUCCAAAGCUGAAGCAGAUGCUUCUAAAGCCAUCGAAGCUGAUGGCAAGGAUGUGAAAGCGCUCUUUCGGAGGAGCCAGGCAUUACAGAAGCUGGGGAGGUUGGAUCAGGCAUUUGCAGACAACCAGAGGUGUGCGGUCCUAGAACCAAAGAAUAAAGUCUUCCAGGAGUCGCUGCGCCUAAUUGCAACACAGAUCCAGCAGAAGGUCCAUCUACAAUCCUCCACCGAUGCCCGAGUUGAGCAGAUGUUUAAUAUCCUUCUGGAUGCUGGGGAGAAGGACUCUGACAAGAAGCAGAAGGCAGUACAGAAUCUGAUCGUUCUUGCUCGGGAAGAUGCGGGUGCGCAAAGGAUUUUCCGCAGUGAUGGAGUGCGCCUUCUGCAAAAGAUGCUGGACACGGGAAGCACCGAUAUCAUGUUGGCUUCACUGCGGACUCUUGUGGGAUUGUGUUCAGGUCAUCAAUCUCGGGCAAUGGCAAUAUUGAACACGAUGGGAAUGGACAAGUUCUGCCGUGUGAUGUCCGUCAGUAAUGAGCAGGUCUCCCUGGCAGCUUGCAGUGUUCUCCAGGGCAUGUUCGAAGCAUUGAAAGGUGGAAUAAAAAGUGAGGUUCGAGGGAAGGAGGAGGCACUAGUGCUCGAUCCCUCCAAAGAACUGAGGACGAUGAUCUACCACCUGAUUGAGAUGUUGACAAAACAAGAGGUUUCAGUUUAUGGCCGAGAGAAUUCCAUAAAUCUUCUAAUUAAAAAUGUUCCCCGCAAAUCGCUACGAGAUCCAGACAACUCCAUGACAAUCUGGGUGAUUGACCAGGGAAUGAAGAAGAUUCUGCAAGUGGCUGAGACUGUGUCAGAAAUCCCGGGGAGCCUGGUGGUGACUGAGAGCAGUCGCAUGAGCUUGUCGGUGCUGAUGAGCAAGCUGUACGAUGAUCUGAAAAGUGACGCAGAACGGGAAAACUUCCACAAGCUCUGUGAGGACUAUGUCAGGAACCAAUUUGAAUCUCAAGGGAUGAACGGGAAGCUGCGAGCCAUUCAGACAGCCUCCACGCUCCUCCAGGGGCCCUCGGAGGUGGGAAACCGAGUUCUGGAGAUGAGUGGGAUCUUGGAGUGCAUGAUUUCUCUGUGUGCCUCCGAGCGGGAAAUUGACCAGCUGGUGGCAGUGGAAGCGCUGAUCCACGCGGCAGGGAAAUCUAAACGUGCCUCCUUCAUCACUGCGAAUGGUGUCAUGCUCCUGAAAGAGAUUUACAAAAAGAACGAUAACGACCAAAUCAAGAUCCGAGCUCUGGUGGGUUUGUGUAAGGUGGGUUCUGCCGGGGGCACUGAUUGUAGCAUAAAGCAGUUUGCUGAAGGGUCAACUUGCAAAUUAGCGAAGCAGUGUCGCAGGUGGUUGUGUAAUGAAGUGAUUCAGUCUGGUACCCGGCGCUGGGCUAUGGAGGGCCUGGCAUACCUGACCUUCGAUGCUGAUGUGAAGGAGGAGUUUGUGGAGGACCAGCCUGCAAUGCAUGCAAUGUUUGAACUUGCAAAGUCAGAGGAUAAAACGGCUCUCUUUGCAAUUGCUUCAACCCUUGUGAACUGCACAAAUAGUUACGAUAAAGAGGAACCUGACCCCCAGCUGUUGGAGCUGGCUAAAUAUGCAAAGCAGCACAUCCCAGAGGAACACCCAAAGGAUAAGACCAAGUACGUGGAGAAAAGGAUUGCAAAGCUGCUGAAGAUGGGUGUAGUGUCAGCAUUGGUGUGUAUGGUAAAGAAGGAGAGUCCCACUUUAACUGAGUCGUGCAAGGAAAUGAUAUCUCGUGUGUUCCUGGCCCUUGUAGAGAGCCCAGAUGGUCGUGGAAUUGUGGUCGCCCAGGGAGGAGGGAAGGCUCUGGUCUCUCUGUCCUCUGAAGGUACAGAUGUUGGAAAGAUAAAAGCAGGUCAGGCAUUGGCAAAGAUUACAAUCACCUCGAAUGCAGAAAUUGCUUUUCCAGGAGAGAGAAUUUAUGAGGUCAUCCGGCCUUUGAUUGCCCUCUUGCAUCUACAGUGUACAGCACUGCAGAACUUUGAGUCGCUGAUGGCACUGACUAAUUUGGCAGGAAUAAAUGAGAGACUCCGCCAGAAAAUCAUUAAGGAAAAGGCAAUUCCAAUGAUUGACAGCUACAUGUUUGAAGACCAUGACAUGAUCCGAUUGGCUGCAACAGAGUGCAUGUGCAAUAUGUCUCUGAGCCCAGAGGUACAAGCCAUGUUCCUGGCAGAGGGAAAUGACCGUCUGAAGCUCUUAGUGUUGUACAGUGGGGAAGAUGAUGAUAAGCUGCGCUCUGCUGCUUCUGGGGCUGUGGCUUUGCUGACAUCCCUGCAGCCAGAACUCUGUCAAAAAAUCACACAAGUGACAACACACUGGCUGGAGAUUCUCCAGGCGCUCCUGCUGAGCCCAAACUUGGAUCUGCAGCGCCGUGGGGUUGUUAUUGUGCUCAACAUGAUGAAUGCAGACCGAGAUCUUGCAGCCCAACUUAUUGAGAGCGAGAUGCUAGAAAUCUUAUCUCAUCUGGCUAAGGAAGGGGAUGAAAAAAUCUUCAAAAUAAAGGAUAAUGCCAAGGAGUGCCUCGCCAAAGCAGUGGAGUAUGGACUGAUAAAACCAAAUGAAUGUGAAGACGUUCCCACUAUAAAUUGAGACAUUCCUGUGGAAAAGUAGUUUUUAAAAAAAAAAGAAACAUCAUAAGAGUUCAUUAACCAUCCCUAAAGUGUGGAGAUGUUUCUCAUGCUCUUCCAAAAUAAUGUGCACAGAGUAAAGUUACAGCAAAAUAUCGAAAUCACAAUCCUUAGGCCCUGAGGCAAAAUUACAGCUCACUAGAAAUUAUUUGUCCUGUGAUUUAGAACAUUGUUUGGCAGUCUCAAAUGCCAGAGUUUAUUUUCAAGGAGUUUUUCUAGAUUGAUUUUGUAUUUAGAGAAAGGCAGUCAGGGGGACUUGUGCUUGUCUUUAGGUUCAUUUAUCAUCUUGAAAAACCUACAAUCAGGAAAGUAGAUAAAUGCUUUGGGAUGGGAGAAUCAUACACAUUUGAAUCUACCCGGAUAUGUCUGGGCUGUAAAGGAAUUCUAACUAAUCCUAAUGAAUCACUUAAAGCUUUAUGAUACAUUGUUUUACACAUACAUGUUCAAAAUAUAGUUGAAAUGCUCAAACAAUAAAACAAUGCAACUUAUAUGAUACUCACAGGAUUGCAGUCACCCCCAGCACAAUUUUAUUAGUUUAGGUACUUUGCAUGCAUGGUCCCAUUAGUAUUAAUGAUGUAAAAUUGCAAGCGAUAGCCUUGGGGCUUAGUUUGGGGCCUAGUUGAUUGUAAUUCUAUUGUAAUCUUGUUCCUUAUUUUCAAAGUCUUAUAGAAGUUUAACCAUGACCCAGUCAUUUCAAUUAUCAAGUAUUGGAGUCCUGUAGCUCAGUGGUUAGAGCACUCGCUUUGCAAGC